GCAAAAGCACCACCAACCAACCAACCCGUUCACCUCCAUCCGUAGACUCGUCCGCUCCGCUGCUCCCUCGAUCCCAUCUCGCCGCCGCCGAGCGAGAUGAGGAAGACCAAGCCUUCGUCGUCGUCGUCGAAGCAGUCGCGCGCGCAGGCGCAGCAGCAGAACGGCCACUCCAAGCUCGCCAGGUACUUCGACCCGGAGGCCUCCUGGGACAAGGAUCAACUGCUGGACGCCGUGCACUGGAUCCGCCAGGUGCUCGGCCUCGCCUGUGGCCUGCUCUGGGGAGCCGUCCCCCUCGUCGGCGCCGUCUGGAUCGCCCUGUUUGUGGCUAUUUCUACUGGGCUCGUUUACUGGUACUAUGCAUACCUGUUGAAGAUUGAUGAGGAAGAGUUUGGAGGCCAUGGAGCACUACUUCAGGAGGGAAUGUUUGCAUCUUUCACUCUUUUCCUGCUUUCGUGGACGCUUGUAUACAGUUUGGUUCACUUUUGAGAAGCUCCUCUGCUGACAUGCUAAUGGACGUUUUGUGCACCAUGUUGGUCAGAAAGGAAUCAACACAACAUUGUAGAUUAAGGGGCCAUUUAGAACAAUCAUUGUAUCAAAACCGUUAAGGCAGUAACGUUGCUUUGUUUCAGAGUCCCAGUGUAAUUUUGAUAGUAUGGUUUUAACCCGGUGAGGUAGAACAUUGCACGUGAAAUCAAACAAGAAAAGGCACUUCGCCGAGUUAGAACAUGCUACUGUUAUUACUGUAGCAUUCAGUUGCAUCCAACCAAUAAGCCUUUCUAACGAAUCCAGUUUCACAGAAUUAUUUCGAAGAUGAUGUUGAGCAAACAUUGCUUUAACG